AUGAUCCUCCUCAGCCUUUCCCUGCAAGUCUUCCUCUUCCUCUUCGCGGGCAUGCGGAGGCGCAGCUCGAAAUGGUUCCUGCAAACCGUCCUGUGGCUUGCGUACCUGUCGGCCGACUCGGUGGCCGUCUUCGUGCUGGGCCACCUCGCGGUCCGUGCGAGAGAGCCUGGCCACGAGCUCAUGUCCUUCUGGGCGCCCUUCGUGCUCGUUCACCUGGGCGGGCAGGAAACCAUCACGGCCUUCUCCAAGCAGGACAACGAGAUGUGGCGGAGGCACCUGCUGAACCUGGUCAUCCAGGCAGGGGUCGCUGGGUACGUGGUGGCUAAAGCUUCUUGGCCGGACGCCCGGCUCAGGGCGGCUAUGGUGAUCAUGUUCGCCUGUGGGUGCCUCAAGUACGCCGCGCGUAUCAGUUGCCUCUACCUUGCCGACACAGACCGGCUCAGGCGGUGGAACAAGUCGUUGAAGCUAGAGGGGCGGCUUCAGCAUGAGCGAGGCAAGGGGUUGGUUCCGAGAUCAAACGGAACCAGAGAUACAGCCGAAGAAAACAUGAGGGUGACACUUGAGAUGAUGAAGAAAGGUAGUUCAUCAGAGCCACCAAGUGGACUGUUCUGGGACGCCGUGGCACUCGUAUCUGAUAUCAUCUCAAUGGAUGCUCCCCUCAACCAGACACAGAACAUCACUGUAGGUGCUUAUGGUGAUCUUCUACCAGGCAUGCUCAAGGGGUUUCUGUCUAGCGAAAGCCGCCGCAGUGCCUACGAGCAUGUUGGAGCACUUCUGGAACAUUGCUACAGCCGACUUUAUACCAAAGACGUUCUUCGAUUUCGUUUCAUUCAACCCUUUGGCCAGCCACCACAAUAG